AUGUUCGGCUACCGGAAGGCGCCGGACCUCGACCUCGAGGCGGGCGGCUCCGCGGCGCUCUACCCGGGGAUGACGGAGGACGUGGAGCUGCGCUGGGCCUUCAUCCGCAAGAUCUACGUCAUCCUCUCCGUGCAGCUCGCCAUGACCGCCGCCGUCGCGGGCUUCGUCGUCAAGGUCCCCGCCGUCUCGGAGUUCUUCGUCUCCUCCAACGCCGGCCUCGGCCUCUACAUCUUCCUCCUCGUCCUGCCCCUCAUCGUGCUGUGCCCGCUGCGUUACUACCACCAGAAGCACCCCGUCAACCUCAUCCUGCUCGGCAUCUUCACCGUCUCCAUCAGCUUCGCCGUCGGCAUGACAUGCGCCUUCACCAGCGGAAAAAUCAUCUUGGAAGCUGCAAUUCUCACAGCAGUGGUGGUGAUCAGCUUGACUGCCUACACUUUCUGGGCUGCAAAGAGAGGCCAUGACUUCAACUUCCUGGGCCCCUUCCUGUUUGGAGCUCUUAUGGUGCUGAUGGUGUUCUCACUUAUCCAGAUCUUUUUCCCACUGGGCAAGAUCUCCACCAUGAUAUAUGGGGCCGUGGCGUCGAUCAUCUUCUGUGGCUACAUCAUCUUUGACACGGACAACAUCAUCAAGCGCCACACGUACGACGAGUACAUCUGGGCUGCUGUGUCCCUCUACCUCGACAUCAUCAACCUGUUCCUGAAUCUGAUGCAAAUUCUGCGGGCAGCCGAUAGCUGA